UAACAGGAUACAUGAGCGCAAGGUACAUCCUGCUUGAAGCCUGACUGCCCACCAGAGAGGACGGCUCUUAGGCCUUCAUCAUGUGGAACACCUCUGAGGCCGACUUCUCCUGCUACGAUCCGUCUGUGCUGGGCUAUCGUUAUGUCGCCGUUAUCUGGGGGGUGGUGGUGGCAGUCACAGGCACCGUGGGCAACGUGCUCACCUUGCUGGCCUUGGCCAUCCAGCCCAAACUGCGUACCCGCUUCAACCUGCUCAUCGCCAACCUCACGCUGGCCGACCUGCUCUACUGCACUGUGCUCCAGCCCUUCUCUGUGGACACCUACCUCCACCUGCACUGGCGCACUGGUGCCACCUUCUGCAGAGUUUUUGGGCUCCUCCUUUUUACAUCCAACUCUGUCUCCAUCCUUACCCUCUGCCUUAUUGCACUGGGACGGUACCUCCUUAUUGCCCACCCUAAGCUCUUUCCCCAAGUUUUCAGUGCCAAGGGGAUGAUGCUGGCACUGCUGGGCACCUGGCUUGUGGGUGUGGCCAGCUUUGCCCCGCUCUGGCCUGUCUACAUCCUGGUACCCGUAGUCUGCACCUGCAGCUUUGACCGCAUACGAGGCCGGCCUUACACCACCAUCCUCAUGGGCAUCUACUUCGUGCUUGGGCUCAGCAGCGUUGGCAUCUUUUAUUGCCUCAUCCACUACCAGGUGAAGCGGGCAGCAAAGGCACUAGACAAGUACAAGCUGCAACAGGCAAGUGUCCACUCCACCCAUGUGGCCGGGACAGAUGAGGCCAUGCCUGGUCGUUUCCAGGAGCUGGACAGCAGGCAAGCGUCAGGAGGGCCCAGUGAGGGGAUUUCAUCAGAGCCCGUCAGUGCUGCUACCACCCAGACCUUGGAAGGGGACUCAUCAGAAGUGGUGGAGCAGAGUAAUAGUAAGGCAGCGAAGCAGAUGGCAGAGGAAAGUCACCCAGAAGCAUCUCCCAAAACCCAGCCAACUAAAAGAGCCCGAAGAGCUCAGGACUCUCCGUCAGAGUUUGGGAAGGUAACCCGGAUGUGUUUCGCCGUGUUCCUCUGCUUUGCCCUGAGCUACAUCCCCUUCUUGCUGCUCAACAUCCUGGACGCCAAGGUCCAGGCUCCCCGGGUCGUCCACAUGCUUGCUGCCAACCUCACCUGGCUCAAUGGUUGUAUCAACCCUGUGCUCUACGCAGCCAUGAACCGCCAGUUCCGUCAAGCAUACAGCUCCCUCUUAAAACAAGGGCCCCAGAGUUUCCGUAGGCUUCGUUAGAACUGUGUCCUCAGUGGCAUAAUGGUUAUAUCGCUGGACUCUCACAUAGUCAGCAGUGGUUCGAGUCCUGGACUCAGUGGUUUAAAACUCAUGUUGGUGGGGA